AUGUCCUCACGAACCCCCAACCCCUUCCUCAUAAAAUCCCCCUUUUCCUCUCCCUCCCCCUCCCCCUCCAAACCCACAACCACAACCACAACCACAAUCUCAACCUCAACCCCCCUCCCCCUCUCCCAAGGCCUCCUCCUCUCCUCCUCCUCCGACCCCCUCGUUCCACUCGAACUACGUCUCGUCUCCCUCCUCUCCUAUCCCUGCACCGCGAUCGUAAAUCCGAUUUCUCAAUCUCCGGCUGCGUAUCCGCUUAUGCGCGCGAAGGGUUCGAUGACUGGGGUUGCGGAUUCUGGACUCGUGGAUUCCGGGCUCGUGGACUCGCCUUCAAGGAUGGGUAUGACUAUUGGUACAGGGAUACCACAAAUAAGUCUCCCAGGCCUGAUCGAUAAAACCGCCGGGGAGGAUCUGGCGAAGUGGAGAGAAAAGAAUUGGAAAGAAGGAUUGAAUGCAGGAGCGUGUGGAGUGAGUGGGAGUUUUGGAUUGGGUAAUGGUGCUGAAGCAAAGAUUGGCGAAGGGAAGAAAAAUGGGAAAGUGAGAAUGAGAAUGAGAGAGGAGGAAUAUGAGAGACCGAAAUACAUUAUUCAUACGCAUGCGCCGAAUUUUGCGGAUAAAGCGUAUAGUACGCCGUUGGUGAAACAGUUGUUAGUUAAUUGUUAUCGGGGGGCGCUGGUGGAGGCUAUGGGGAUUGCAGAGAGGGAGGAGAAGGAGGAGAAGAGAGAGAGGAUAAAGGGAGGAGAUGAAAAACAAGAGGAGGAGGAGGAGAGGGAGAAGGAGAAGGAAAUUGCUUCAGAUAUUGAAGUGAAAAAAAUAGAUGAGAAUUCAGUAUUCUCCACCAGUACAGGCGAAGAUACGAUUAUGGCGGAUACAGAGCCAAACACGGAUGAGAAUAUGUCAGCAGAGCAGGAGACAACACCGGAGAUACCAAGGAAAAGAGGAAUAGGAAGUUUCGGCACCAUUAAUAUGGCAGGGAGUGUGAGUGGUCCAGCAAGUCUGGCGAGUCCAAAACAUGUGGAUUUAGAUGCGUUUGGUGUUUCGCCCAUUCCGUCUCCGUCUAUUCUGCCAAGUACAUCUAUUCCGUCGAUUUCAUCGAUUCCGCCAAUACUACUCCCAUCAUCCAUAUCAUCCACAUCCGUCCCUUUGAUUUCCCAUGACCCUUCGAAGCAUCAUAUUGCGCAAUCCUCUCCCAAACCAGCAGGUAUAAUCAUUGCCUUCCCCGCCAUCUCCACAGGUCACAAAUCCUUCCCCUAUCGUCUCGCUGCCCGUAUUGCUGUAGGUACUGUGAGAGAUUUUCUACGCCAUCCUAUUUUUGGCGCCGCACGAAGAAAAAGGAUUCGGAAGGUUGUUUUUUGUGUGUGGCCUGGUGAUAGUCCGAAUAGAAAAGCGUUGCAAGUAGCAUUUGGACUUAAUUUUCCGCCACCUUUACCACAGAGUGCACCGUUGAGCCCGGUGACUAAUCAGCUUUCUACGCCGCCGUUCUCGCCCAGUGUGAAGGGGAAGAGGGGGUUUGAUUUUAAGUUAGGGAUGGCGUUGCGGGAUUUUGAGGGGCAGGAGAGCGAGGUGCCGAAGAUUGUGGUUACGCCGCCAGUUACGCCGAUGGUGGGGUCUGGUCUGAGUUUGAGUUUAGGUUCGGGGGAGAGAGAUAGGGAUUCGUCUGGUUUGGAAAAUUUGGAAGGGGAGAGAUUGAGUAGGGGACAUGAGGAUCUGGGAGAUAGGGGAAGUGAGAUUGUGGAGGAAGUGGGAAUGGAUGUGGAGGAAGUGGGAAUGGAUGUGGAUGUUGAUGUGGAUCCGGAGAAGAAGGAGACUGAGAAAGACUUGAACGUAGAGACGGGAAGAGAGACGAGUGAGGGUGAUGGUAUUAGUGUUGAUGGGAAACUGACAGCGGAAGUUGGGCAAGGAGGUGAGGAAGAGGAAUUAAGAGAGAAAUUGAGACUACGCAAACUAGAAGUAGGAGAGGAAGAGAAACAGAGAGAGGAAGAGAAACAGAGAGAAGAAGAAAAAAAGAGAGAAGAAGAAAAAAAGAGAGAAGAAGAAAAAAAGAGAGAAGAAGAAAAAAAGAGAGAGGUGAGACUACUCAAAGCAGAAUUAGAGGAGGAACUGAAAAAGGAAGUGAAACGACUCAAAACAGAAGUGGAAAAGGGGGAACUGAGAGAGCAAGUGAGACGACUCAAAGCAGAAAUAGAGAAAGUGCAUGGACGUGGAGAUAGUCGUGGUAGAGAUAGAAGAGGGAGAAAAGAAACAUACAGACAGAGAAAAAGGCAACAAGGGUUGAGAUUGGCUGCUGCGAUGAGAAUGAGGAGAGAGAGGGAGAGGGAAAGAGGGGGGAAGAAAGGAUAUCUAAAUUUGGGUGAGAAUUUGAGGGUUGGAGAGAGGGAUACGAGGACACCAGACAGAAUGCCAGGAAUUGGUGAUGGGAAGACAGAGAAAAGGGUGGAUGAAAGGAUAGGAGAGCAAGAAGUAGACCAAAUGAAUGUGGCUGAUGAGGGUGUUCGGAGACCUGAAGUGGGAGAUGAUACCGGCUCACCCGAAAGCAAACUAAGCACCGGAGAAGGACAAGCAGAAGGAAUUCAACCUAAGGAUAAGGAAUCGCAGGAGAAUAUAAAAGUUAGUGGAUACGUCCGUCGACAUGGAGGAAGCGAAACGAGAAUAAAACAAGAGAGAAGAUAUCCGGAACAAGUUGGUGGAGGAGAUAUCAACGUGGGUACGAAGAGAGGAAGGCCAAGUAGGGUAGAAGGAAGACGACCAGGAGGUGUUGAUACUGAACGACGUGGAGGGAGGAAACUGAGAAAAAGGGGGAGAUAG